CUUUAUAAUUAUUAGGUUUAUAGUCUUACACGAUUGUUCUUAAACAAUAAGAAGGUUGAGUUGAUACUUACGGAAGGAAAAAGGAUAGAUGAAAGAAGGCAGUGGCGUUUCGGUAAUUCCACGGCAACCAGCGGCGGCUAUUUCUCCUGGUGCCGCCUACUUGUCUCCAGCGAUGGGUGUUCCGACACCAUCACCAUUCUCGUUUUCUGUCGCUUCUUCUCGAUGGAGUUCUUCUAGACCUUCGAUUCAUAUUUCCAUUCUCGUUCUCAGGGCAAUGGUGCUGUUUUUUUCUUUUGCUUCUUCUCUGGCGCUCGCUGCCACCAUGUCUGAUAACAAUCAGGAUGGAUUCCAAAAAUACACAGAAUUCAUAUACAGCUUUGUGGUGACCACUGUGAUUUUCUUCUAUUCUGCAUAUCAACUGUUCAAAGGUAUCAGUGACAUUUCCUGUAGAUGCGUUCUUAUAUCGGACAAGAUCUCAGACUACUUAAGCUUCGUUCUGGAUCAGUUAGCUGGGUACCUCCUUGUUUCAUCUUCUUCAGUGACAGCAGUAGCUAUCCAAAAUACAUCAUCAUCGCUCAAGAAAGCAGCAAUAGUUUCUGUUUCCAUGUCAGUUGCUGCACUUUUGACAACCGCAGUUUCUGCAAUUCUCUCCGGAUACAAGCUCAGCAAAAGAAUUAUGUGGUGAUGCCAAAGUUUGAGCAACCAUAUAAGUACUCCUUUGAUUCUAAAUAAUUGGAGAUGG